AAUAUUUCUUAAAUUAAAAAUAGAAAGGAAAAACGAUAAGAAAUCAAAUCAUGUCAAAAAAAUCAAAUGAGAGUGGGCAAAGUACAAAUAAUUGUGAUAAUAUAUUAAUUCAUUCUGUUCCCAGUACUCAUGAAACUUUAACUCAGCCGGAAACUAUUGAAGAAUUUGCAUUGCACAAAUCCAUUUUUAAUGGGAACUAUAAGAAGGUUUCAGAGUUAUUGCAACAUCCACCGCCUAACUGGAAUAUUGAGGAAGAAAUCGGUCGAAAAGAUAAGCAUGGCAAUACGCCCUUACAUUUAGCUGUCAUGCUUGGUCGUAAGCAAUGUAUACAUGCAUUACUAGCACAUAAUGCUCCAGUUAAAAUAAAAAAUAACGACGGUUGGUCACCACUUGCUGAAGCGAUAAGUUACGGCGAUCGGCAGACUAUAUCAGCAGUGUUAAGAAAAUUAAAACAGCAAUCACGUCAUCAUAUGGAAGCACGACGUUCUAAUUUAGUUCGAGCGCUAUAUGAAAUAAAAGACUUUUAUAUGGAACUUAAAUGGGACUUUGCAUCUUGGGUGCCACUAGUAUCGCGCAUGCUACCAUCAGAUAUCUGUCGAAUACAUAAAUCUGGUGCGUCUUUACGUUUAGAUACAACACUAGUUGAUUUUAAUGAUAUGCGUUGGGAACGUGGUGAUAUAUCUUUUAUUUUUCGAGGUGAUAAGCCGCCGCAUGAAUCUUUAACUGUCUUAGAUAAUGAAUAUGAAUGCUAUCAAAAUGUGCGUUAUGAAGAUGCUGAUAUCGAAGACGAAGUAGAUGUACUUAUGUCGACAGAUAUCUUAGCCGCUCAAAUGUCGACAAAAACAAUUAAUUUUUCUCGCGCUCAAUCUGGUUGGAUUUUUCGUGAAGACAGGAAGGAACUAGUUAGCGGUCAGUAUCAGUGUGAUUUAUACGCUAUACAAGGCUUAGUUUUAAAACAGCGGAAAAGAAGAGAACAUUUGUCAAAUGAUGACUUACAAAAAAAUCGUGCAUUAGUGGAUUCUAUAACACGUGGUCGACGUGCAAGUUUGAGUAAUGGCUCAAUUGAUUCCAAUGUUUCUAUAGACUUACCUCGUCGAUGUUCUUUGCAACCACCACCUGUUCCAAAUUUAACGUGGGAACAAUAUAUUUCUGCUGAUAAAGGGAACUGUCCACAACUUGGUCGUACACCUGUGCACAAACAAUCUAAUAAGACCCUUAGAGCAACUGUUGCUAUGAGUAAAGAUUUUCCGCUUAGUGUAGAAAUGCUAUUAAAUGUCUUAGAAGUUAUAGCACCUUUUAAGCAUAUUAAUAAAUUGCGUGAAUUUAUAACCAUUAAAUUACCAUCUGGGUUUCCAGUAAAAGUAGAAAUACCAGUUUUACACACAGUAACAGCAAAAAUUACUUUUCAAAAAUUUGAAUUUCGUGACAAUAUACCAGAAACAUAUUUUGAAGUACCAUCUCACUAUGUAGAGGAUUCACGGCGUUUUCCAGAGUUAUGACCAGUACAACAAGAUACUGUAGAUCUCAAUCGCAAUUCUACUGAUUCCUCAACUACACAAUAAGUUUUAAGUCACAUAUUAUGUUAUACAUAUUUCUAUGAAUAUCAGGUAAACAAAUUCACAGCUAAAAUGAGCCUAUUAUAAUCGCUACUACUAUCUUCUAAGCAUUCGUAUUUACGUUUUCGCUUGCGAUUUAACAAUGAUCAUAGUUUUAGUUUAUAAUAUUAAUAAAUCAUUAAGAGAAAAAUUAAGUUAAAUUUAAAAAAUUCAAUAUUAAGAACCAACGCUAAUAAUAACAACCUAUUAAACAUUUAUACAACUUAUCAGACUGCGUCGUAUGCAAACUAUUGCACUACUGAUGAAAGUUAAUAAAUUAUAAUUUUUAUAACCUAAAAUCAAAUUUGAACAUAGUACCAUAUACUUAUGUUAUAAGUACAUAAUUGACAAAUAUUAUUCAGUGUAAAUAAAUCAUUUUCAAACAUUAAUCACUUAAAUAUCUCUGCCCAAUUUGACCGUUUGUACGUGAUUGAGACGUUUGAGCCUCAUAGCAUUUGUCAAGGAUCGUCUCUCUGGAUUACAAAUAAUUAAUUUAUAUACUACAAUAAUUGAUAACUGUAUUUGUUCCAGCUGUUACGAGUAACUUCAUAUCCAUAAAAUAGACAUCCAUAUCCACUUUAAAAUAUUAUUAAUUUAGUUUGUAAGUAAUAUUAAAAAUGUCUAUGUAAUGUGAAAUGUUGAUAUGUGUAGAAAUUAAAAUUGCAAAAUGACUUGAUAAAAAUGAAGUAUUCUGUAUAUUGUACCGUCUAAUCAAUUAUAAGAGUUAUUGUUGUAAUCAUUUAUAAACAUAAACUGUGUAUUGUAUGUAAAUGUUUAACAUUAUUGUUUAUUAUGCCACUUAAGU